GCACGAGACUGGAAGAAACACUCUCGCACACUCACCUACACACACUCACCUACACACACUCACCUACACACACACACACACACACACACACACACACACACACACACACACACACACACACACACACACACACACACACACACACACACACACUCAGACACUUGGAUGGACUGAGAAACAGAUUGCAGAGAUUGAGGGAAGUUCGGAAGUGGACACGAAUACAAGAAAAAAUAGAAAUUAUCUGAAGUUUGACUUGUCGAGGUUCCAGGAUACUUUGUGCGUUUUUCUCCACUAAGAAACACGCAGAGAUAUCACACGCAGACAUGCAGCACUACGGUGUGAACGGAUAUUCGCUCCACGCCAUGAACUCACUGAGCGCCAUGUACAACCUCCAUCAGCAGGCGGCGCAACAAGCCCAGCACGCACCCGACUACCGCCCAUCCGUCCACGCGCUCACGCUCGCCGAGAGGCUGGCUGACAUUAUCCUCGAGGCUCGUUACGGCUCUCAGCAUCGUAAGCAGCGGCGGAGUCGCACGGCCUUCACCGCGCAGCAGCUUGAAGCUCUGGAGAAAACCUUUCAGAAGACACACUACCCCGAUGUAGUGAUGCGUGAGCGUCUGGCCAUGUGCACCAACCUGCCCGAAGCACGAGUCCAGGUGUGGUUCAAGAACCGGCGGGCGAAGUUCCGUAAGAAGCAGCGCAGCCUGCAGAAGGAGCAGCUCCAGAAACAAAAGGACGCGUCACCCGAGGGAACGUUAGGGGCCAGCGAUAAAACCGACCCUCCGUCUGCCGUAAACCUGGAGAACCCACUGGCUCCUUCGUCCACGUCCUCGUCCUCCUCUAUCGAGGCUGAGGGGCCUUCAGAACUGAGCGUGGAGCUAAACGUCACCUCGGCUGAGCAGUCAGGAAGCGAGUCGGCCACAGAGGACAACGCAACCGACAGGGAAGAAGAUUUAAAGCUCCACCAGGACGACAUCAAGGUGGACAAGUCCGGGAGUCUUUCUCCUCCCUGUAAACGCCUCAGCCCCAAACCAGAUUCACCCCUCAGCUCGCCGGCGAUCACGUCCGGGUCUAACGGCAUGACCGGAGGCAUCUCUCAGAGCCAUUCGUACUCGUCGUCGCCGCUGAGCCUAUUCCGUCUGCAGGAGCAGUUUCGCCAGCACAUGGCAGCUACUAACAGCUUGGUGCACUACCCGUCAUUUGACAUGGCCGCCCCAUCCUCCCUCCCCUACCUGGGCAUGAACGUGAGCGUCCCGGCACCGCUGGGUUCGCUGCCCUGCCAGUCGUAUUACCAGUCCUUGUCUCAGCAUGCGCAGCAAGUGUGGAGCGGUCCUUUGCUGCAGGCCUCCGCCGCGCUGCCCGGCCACAACAGCAAGACCAGCAGCAUCGAGAACCUGCGGCUACGCGCCAAGCAACACGCCGCCUCGCUCGGCCUCGACACCAUGCCUAACUAAUCACUAACUACCACAAGACAGGACACGCUCGGAAGAACAAAACCAUCAAGUUACCACCUGGAUCCUCAAAGACAUUUAGCAAAAAUCUGUGUAAAGAUUUUUGGUGUCACUUCUGAAUAUUUUUGCAUUUAAUUUUUUUGUCAAAAAUUCAGUUUUUUCAAACGGAGAAACACACAAUUACCCUGUUUUCUGGACCAGAAGCUGACGCAACACUCUAAAAACAAUAACAUUAACUAUUACACUUUAGAGGACGCUUAACGGAUGACAUCUUUAAUUACAUAUAACGCUAAUGCUAAUGUCUUGUAGUCCGGAAAAUACGGUAAAUGUGAUUCGCUUUCAGUUAAGAAAGUCAAGAGAAUAAAACACAAUCUGCAGACAGUGGAAGCAAAUAAAAAAACUGACGCUAAUGAAUUCUUUUUAAACGCCCCUCUGUUCGUACACGUACUCGUUAGCGUGAACCUGUUUAAUUGUAGCACUUUUUCCCAGUAAAGCUCGCAGCCCUUGCGUGCACUGAGGUCGUCCCAAUUCAAUUAGUCAAGUGCUCAAAUUACACGUUACAUAAUAACUCUGUACGCAGCGUGUUCGCUAAAAUCCCUGCCUUGUAAAACCGGUUUAAUUAAAUCUGACUAAUUCACCUGUUUUAUGGACAGCGUUUAAAGCGUGUUAAACUGCAAACGUCCGGAUAAUUAGGACAUAAUUUCGCAGACUCCGUAUGCAAAGCUUUUAAUUACAUUUAGCCUUGGGCUGAGGAAGGAAUGCAAUUACAGUCCAUGCAUAUCAUUUCAGAUCGCUGUAUAUCUAAUGCUCCGAGGGGAAAAUAGCUGAAAACGACAGGAAAUUCCUGUUUUUUUUUGUUUGUUUUGUUUCCAGCGCAUGUUAGCCGCGCGAGGCGAUUAGCUGAGACGGCGGAUACAAAUAAAAUACAUUACAACAUGAUUUAUUAGUAUUAUUUUCAAUCCGUUUUCCUGCAGCGUUAAAGCGACGUCGGUUGAUACACAGAAUGUUUUGUGUUUCGUUUAAGGAAAGAAAAAAAAAAUACAAAGCUCCAAGCACUUCCACACACAGGAAGUCCUUACGGAAAGCACUUCCUCUUCUCGCCGUGUCUGUAACUGGUUUGCUCUGUAAAUUACACAAAGUCUUUUAUCUAUAAAUGUUUAAUGGUUAAGGAAAAUGUAAAAAGUUUUAUGUUUUAGAUCGAGAAGGAUGCGUCCCGCCUCCCGUGAUGAUUCUCGUAGCUGUCCCUUGUUGAGAUUUGUACGAGGCGGACGAUAUAUUUAACCUUUAACAGUCUGGUCGUAUAUACAGUAUAUAUAUAUCUAUCUAUGUAACUUCUCCGGUUGGUUUUCAUUGUUGCUGUGGUCAUGAAGUUUUACUCGCUCGCACUGUUUCCUUCACAGUAAAGUGGUGAGUAACAACAAAUAUAUUAUACCUUAUACCUUUUUCUCUAUUACAUCG